CUCCUCACUUGCUUCUCUGCUGCUGCUGAGCAGAAUCCUUCGUAAGUUUCUGAUCACCGCUCCCAGUGAGGUCCACGUUGGCCGGAACGAGACCAUCACCGUCCAGGUCUUCGACUCUUCUUCCGAUGUUUGGGUCGCCGUGUACUUUGAGGAGCAGAUCCUAAAAGCCAUCUUGUCUAAGGUGAUCUCAAGAAAGCUCAGUCCGAAGAACAACUUCACCCAAGUAAUCCACGUGCAGAUCCUUCCAGAGAAGAUCCUUCACCUGAACCUCCUGAAUGAGGAACAGUAUGUCACGAUUGUCACUAAUAUCUCUCAACCAUUCCUCGUGACGAAAACACCUUCAAUCCGCCUCAAAUCCAGACCUUACUUCAUUUAUAUAGCGACUGAUAAACCCGUAUACGCUCCCACCGAGACUGUGCAUUAUCAAGUUUUCACACUUGAUCAAGAAUUGAAACCAGUAAAAUGCUCGGUUACAGUUGAAGUAUUGGAUGCGAACGGCAGUGUUUUGUCAGCCGUGACUAGACAAACUGUGUCCCAAUCAGUUCACAUUGGUGAGAUCAACUUUGGACCUGAAACGCACGAAACAUAUCAAAUUCGGGCUACGGUGACGAACAACUCUGAAUACUACGGCUUAAAGAGGUUCCAAGUUCGGAAAUACGAAUUUCCCAAGUUUGAUCUACGGAUAACCCCAGACUAUUGGUACUUCCUGGUCAACAGUGAUGCAUUCUCACUAACUAUCCAAGUGGCGAAUAAAACGUACGCUGCUUUGAAUGCCACUGUCUCCUUUGGGAUAUCUCCGCUCUCCGGUACGAAGGUACAUUUACCAGAACUGGAUCAACACCUGCAGGUGAGGAACGGAAGUGCCCUUGUGAUCCUACAAAAGGCAGAACUACUCCGCAGCAUACAGGAGGAUGGAAACAUGGACGCCUUCAUCGGCGGCACCUUGUACAUCGCGGCAGAGGUGUCGGACGGCAAACACACCGAGAAGAAGGUUGUGGACAAUAUAGCAUUCCGUCUCUCUCACUUCAACAUCAACUUCACAUCAAUGAAACCCUAUUUCACACCAGGAGCUCGAUUUUAUAUCCCGAUCUCCGUGACCUAUCCCAAUGGUUCCCCCGCCAUCAACGUGUCGCUCCAUGUCAACAUCACCAUCCUAGAGGAAGAGGUGAUCAAGGGUUCGAUUGGAGGGACGACGGACCAGCUCGGCGAGAUGAUCUUCUCGUUGACGGUUCCUGUAAACGCGUGCAUUCUCAACGUCACGGCCAGCGCUGGAAGUGCGUCGGGCGAGACUGCGAAGAAGCACAGGACGGUGAAGAGACACAAGUCUGACAGUGGGAGGUAUCUGUACAUCAAUGUACCUCAAGCAGUCCUGUACCCUGAAGAUGUCAUCACCGUCAACUUGACGGCUCUGGGUUUACUCGCUGGCGAUGAUGUCCAAUACUACUAUUACAUGGUACUCGGUAAGGGCAAGACGCUGGACAUCCAAAGGGUGGAGAAAACGUCAGAGACCUCGUUUGAGCUGCUCAUCACCACAGCCAUGGUGCCAUAUUUCCGCAUCGUGGCUUAUUACCCCCUGAACGUGGGAGGAAGGUGGAGCAUUGUGGCCGACUCAGUGCGUGUGGAAGCAGAGAGUCUAUGUGACACCAAGUUUCAGGUGCAUUCGGUGUCACACCUGCCGGAACUUCGCCAGCUCCAGCUGACGGUCCUGUCUGACACUCCAGCCCAGAUCUUCGUGAAGACCACAGAUGUGAGGCUGAAGCCUUUGGAGGAAGACGACUCCAUCACCCACAGGAGGGUAUUUGAAGAUCUGAAUUCGACCGAUAUUGGUCUGUCAUCUGGAAGUGGCAGAGAUCCUGCAAGUGUCUUCAAGGAUUCUGGAUUAAUCUUCCUCUUCGAUCUAAUGACGCCAUCUCCAGAGCCAGAGGGUUUAAAAUUGAAGCAGAGGCAGGAGCCCUUGUGGAGAAAUGGCCAUGGACGUGCGAAUGUUAACAUCACAUUGAAGGACCCAGGACGACUAUACGGAGAUGAUGUUGAAUGGGUGAGGCCUCUGUUCCCAGGCACCUCAAUGUGGCAGUUCGAGACAUAUCCGGGAAAUAAUACCUUCAGGUUGUGGUUCGACCCCCAUACCCCUGAACCCUGGGAUCUCCAGGCCCUCAGCCUCUCAGAGGAGGACGGUCUGUGCCUGGCGAGCCACAUGGUUGUGCAAGCAGACAGCGGGUGGUCCCAAAUGUCUGACAUGGCAACACCGUGGAGAGUUCCACAUCGGGAGGAGAUGAGUGGACAAGGACACCCAUCCACUGCAGAGGAUUGGGCCUAGCGCAGAUAGAAGGCUGAUCCACUCUUGGACCUUCUGAAUGGACGGAUGAAGAUAUUGAGAAGAUACCUGCGUCCUACCAGAGAGAUUCCUGGAAGGCCUGGGGUUCCCAGAAGGUUGGACGUUGCCACUGAGCAGAGAUUGCGUCCACGCGCCACCCUGUAACCAAAUAAAAUCGUCCAUGACUUCUGAA